CUCUAUUGGUGUAUUUACAAUAGGUGUCGCUGGCGUAGAAGUGGCCAUACUUCAUUUCCUGUAGCGUCAGUCAGACAUCUUACGCUUCAGCCUCACCUAACCUCUUCGUGUUUUUCCUGACAGAUCCUUUCUUUCAUCAUGACCGGCGGGAAGAGCGAGCAUUAUUCUGAAGAUGACGAGAAGGUGUCGGAACCAGAGCACUACCGGAAAAUCUUCAUUGGAGGUCUUGACUUCAAAACCACAGAUGACUCCCUUAAGCAACAUUUUGAGAAAUUUGGAGAAAUUGUUGAUGUUGUUGUCAUGAAAGAUCCACAGACUCGCAAGUCCAGAGGUUUUGGAUUUGUGACAUACACACACUCCUCCAUGGUUGAUGCCGCCCAGGAUGCAAGGCCACAUAGAGUUGAUGGUAGAACAGUCGAAACAAAGCGGGCUGUUCCAAGAGAUGACAUGGGGAAACCAGAAGCCAACGUGACUGUGAAGAAAGUUUUUGUUGGAGGCCUCAAGGAUGAUAUGGAUGAGGAGAGCCUAAAAGCACAUUUUGCUCAGUAUGGAGCUGUCACAAGUGUGAGCAUAGCCACAGAAAAGGAGACUGGGAAUAGACGAGGCUUUUGCUUUGUUGAGUUUGAUGAUUAUGAUGCUGUUGAUAAAGUUGUCCAAAGGAGAACUGAGCAUUAUGUAAACGGGAAGAAAAUUGAUGUCAAGAAGGCCCUUAGCAAGCAAGAGCUUGCGUCUGCCCCAGCCAAAAAGCCAUCUGGUGGCCGUGGUGGACCUGGACCUUGGGGAGGUGAGCUAAUCUCUGAAGAGGAGAUUCAUGGAGUUCAGGAGGUGGUGGUAGCAGCUAUGGCAGUGGAGGUGGUGGCGGCGGCGGCGGUGGCUGGGGAGGCCGUGGGAGUCCCUGGGAUGGUCCUAGCCGAGGCUAUGGAGGUGGGUAUGGAAGUGGACCCUGGGAGAGCAGUGGUCGAAGCAGCAGCAGCAGUUGGAGCAAUGGUGGAGGAGGUGGCGGCCCAUGGAGUAGUGGAGGAAGUGGUGGAUAUGGUGGAAGUGGAAGCUGGGGAGGUGGAUCUGGUGGGUUUGGGGGUGGAUACAGCCAGGAUUAUGGUGGUGGCCCCAUGAGGAGUAGUGGUGGACCUACUGGAAGACCUUCGCCAUAUGGUGGUGGCGGCGGAUAUGGUGGUGGAUAUUCGAGAUAGAUGUCAAAGAUUUCUGUUGCUUCCGCAAUCCCCCAAGGUAAGUCUUAUUUAAUGGAUUUAAUUUCAGAGUAAAAAAAUGAAACAUUUGUCUCAUUAAGUUUGAUCUCACAACAAUGUUCAUAAGCAUCCAAGAGUGUGGGGUUAUGGUGUGGAGGCAAACCCCUGCGAUCCUUUGGGUGAUAACACGCAUAAUUGAAUUUGACUGUGAUAUUGGCUCGACGUUUUUUAAAAAAAAAAACACAGGCGUUGAAUGAGGAGGCACAGGGAUGUCAGGAUAGGAUUGGGCAUCUAGGCUAUCCACUACCUAUAACCACUGAUGGUUUUUUUUAGGGCUCUGUUGUUGGAUCAGAUCAUCCAUAUAUUCGGUCAGUCCCCCAUAACAAAGAUUUCUUCCACAGGCUCUAGGCUUAGACAAGAAAUUGUUAGGCUACGUUCCCCCAGUGGGAGUUUUUGCUUCUUGUGAAGGUUUGAGCUGUUGACCCUGAUACCGGUGUGUUGGUCACUUUGUAGGCAGACGAAUGCGUAAAAGUCAGGGCAGACUAGCCACACACAGAGGCCUUAGAGAAAGCAGGCCUUAGACAGAGACAGAGAGAGAGAGAGAGAGAGAGAGAAGGACGAAGGCAGUAUAGGAGCCAUGCUAGAGAGAGGAGGAAAUAGUGAGCUUCCUGCAAAUACAAGAAAAAAGGGCUAGAAACAGAGACAGAGAAGGGUAGGCUGCCGUUAGCCUUCGUCCUCUACACUUCCCGUCAGCCAGUGCUACUGCUACUGCUACUACCACUACUCCAGCUGUAGUUUGAUAAAUCAGGAAGACAAGUCUACCUUCUACUCUGUAAGUGAGACAAGAACUCAGUUUUCGUCUGCUGAGGGGGAUUUCGGCCGACACCAAGUCACCUUGAUUAUGAUUAUCUUAUCCAAUUUUUUCUUGGGUUCUCUGUAGAGUCAAAUCUUUGCACUUGCUCUCCGUUUCAUAAGAAUUUGCCGAUUUAUCUGUCUGUACACGUGGCCUUUCGUUUUUCAUCUCUUGAGAGCCAACUGACCAGCCGAAUUGGAUGCCAAUUCUCCUACAAAUAAAUCAUGGUCUUUUUGCAGUUUGUCUUCAUGGAUGUUGUUGAAGUUUUCAUUUUGUUUUUCGUAUGUCUUGUAUGUGGAUCUCAUUCCAGGAAUAAACUUUGAGGUUGGGUCCCA